AUGUCUAAUUCCCUGACCCUGGUUUUCAUACCUGGUUCUUGGCAUCGGCCCACUUGCUAUGACAAGGUCAUCAAGCUUCUUCGGGAACAGCAUGGGUUGAAAUGCGUCGCAGUCACGCUCCCUUCAACAGAGGGCGACCCAGCUGCCACCUUCAAAGAUGAUCUAGAUGCAGCUCGUGAAGCCAUAUCCAAUGAAACAACCCAAGGGCGCAAUGUGGUGGUUCUGGCUCAUUCGUACGGUGGUAUGGUUGGCAACAGCGCCAUCAAGGGUUUCGCAAAGCCCCCAGAAGUCAGCACCAGUCUGACAAAUUCACCCAAAACUGGGUAUGUUAUUGGGCUGGUCCUCAUAGCUUCCGGUUAUACCCUAACUGGGUUGGCUUUUAUGGAUCCUUUCUUUGGCCGCCCGCCUCCUUCCUGGCGAGUCAAUAGCACGACCGGCUACGCCGAGCUUGUUACUCCACCUCGCGAGCUCUUUUACCAUGAUUUGCCAGAAGAAGAGGCUGCGUAUUGGGUAUCUCAACUCGUCACCCAGAGCCUUAAGGCACUGUUUGAAGGUGGCGAGUAUACAUAUGCUGGCUGGCAAGAUGUACCUUCCUGGUAUAUUGGCACGGUUGAGGAUCGAGGACUACCAGUUCUCGCGCAGCGCAUGUCAGUUGGCCUAGCAAGAGAGAUGGGUGGUAUUGUGGAACAUCGAGAGCUGCAGACAAGCCAUUCGCCGUUCCUGAGCCAGCCUGAAGCCACUGUAUCAAUUAUCUGGGACGCUGUUCGGGCCUUUACGGGGAAGUUGGAGAAAGACGAACCAAUAUCGAAUGGCCAUAGCGCCACGAUCUUUCGACCGAGUUUCAGUAUCUGGCAGCCUUCUACAUGGUUUAAAUUUGGAGUGCCGUUGGUCUUCGGUCAUUUAUUGGGAAGGUGUUUCCUUCUGUUUGGUUUGGGGAAGAGGGUCUGGAAGUCUAGGUUUGGCUUACGUUCUGGUCUAUGA